AUCUAACCUCAAAAUUGUAUUAUUAUUCAAGCAAAGAGUAACAAAGUUCAAAACACAAAUACUUGUGAAUAAUGUUGAGAAAUGUGUAAUAUUUAUGUAAAUUAACAUUUAAUAUGGCCAAAAAUUCCCGACAAUUAUUAAAAGUAAUUACAGAACAAUUAAAUAAAUCUGCACUAUUAAAUAGUGCGUCGACAGUGCUUGAAAAAACUUCGGAAAAAGCACAAGAAAAAUUGACAACUAUUCAAAAUGUUGCGUCUGAAAAAUAUGGAAAUAUCGUUAAGCACGUAAACGUAACUGGCACAACAAUAAUACAAGAUUUACAUGCUGAAUCAUUAAAACCAUCAAGUCCGAUUCCAGUUCGAUUGAUAAAUUGGUGGAAAUGGUAUCAACAAUUGACAGGUUUAGACACUGUUGAAGUUGCAAAACAGCAUGUAAUUCAAGUUCAGGAUUCUUUAUUUAAAUGUCAAGAUGAGCGACGAAUUUUAAAUCGUCAAUCGUCUCUUGUACAUGAUAAAUUAAAAGAAGUUUACGCCGAAUUAAUACAAACAAAACGUGAUGAUCCAAAAUAUGUGCAACUCACGAUUAUGGAGAAUAAGGGUCUUCAGGAAGAAUCGAGAAUACGAAAUCAAUUGAACCUUUUAGAAAAUGAGGAAAGAGAUCAUUUUACUCAACUAGCAACUGCUAUUAAAGAAUAUCACGACAGUCAAACAAUAAAUGCGCAAAAAUACAAAUAUCUUUCAAUUCUUGCUUCGGCUUUUCUUGCCAUUUUAUCAUUAACAGGAUCAAUGAUUUAUAAUAAUCGAAGAAUUGUUGAUGUUCGAAAUGUCAUAUCAGAGGCACAAAAGAAAAAUGAAUCAAAUUUUCGAAAUAAUUUUCAAUCCCUCGAAGAAAGUUCGAGUCAACAAUUUUCAAAGAUCAUUCAACUUAUAAAUAGUAAAACCAAUUUUACAUUUGGCGAAAAUAAAAUUAGUGACAUUAGUAAUGAAAGUACUACCUCUAUGAAUUCUAGUUUAACAGUGAGUAGUAAACACGUCGCAUAUUUUUUGACGGGUUUAUUAAUAAUUAAUUUUAUUUUGGUACGAUCAUUGACUUAGAGAGAUUAUUGUAAAAGAGAAAAUAGUGUUGAUAUAGAAUUUUGCAGUUUGUUGAUGUAAAGUGUAAAAUAUUGUAUAAUAGUUAAACUUGAUGAAUAUUUUACGAUAAUUUCUUACGCUUUUUAAGGAUAUAAUAAAAAAAUAAUUAUGUAAA